AUUAUUAAUGAGCCUAAAUAGUCGGAAUCGGCAAUCUUUUUGUGAAAUUCGUUGGAACUGGAUAAUAAUUUAGUUAUCAAUCCCAAAGAAAUUAACAGAAGAAGCGGUUGGAGAUUGAGAGGGUUAUGUUUAUGUUAUCAAUUUUUAAUGUUUCAAAAUUUUCUAACCAUAUGGCCAGCAUUAUUCAAAAUUGAAAAUUGGCCAAUUAUAAUAUGGAGAGCUUUUUAAAACGAAAAAAUUGUGACUCAGCAGAUAAGGAACUGAAAAAAAACAAGAAAGAAAUUUGUUCACAUUUUGACAAUUGUUACCGUAAAAAUCCACACCACUUCAAACAAUAUGAUCAUCCUCAUUUAAAUGAAUUCAUGAAAAUGGGUGAUUCUGCUAUUAUACCAGAUGGUCUGCCUCAGCCUAAAAAUGUCUAUGUAGAACAGUUGGAAAUAUUGAGGCAAAUCAGUGCCUCAUCAAAACAACAAACCACUUCUAAUAAAGCUACUUCCUCAGGAAAUAAUGUACCCAGUACUUCCUCCUCUUCAACUUCACAUAAAUUGUCAAAUGAAACAAAGCCAGGAGCUCCCAAUUUCGGAAAGGGAACAAUGAUGGAAAAAUUGGAAAGAGUUUCUCCCUAUAAUUUGUUUUUUACUACAAUCAUCAAAGCAUCUGAAACGUUGAAACAGUCUAAUUCAAUUACUUUCACUGAUUUACUGUGCCCAAGUUUAGGAGAGCUAAAAUGUUCCUUACAAAUCAAUUUUAUGAUUGACAUUGAUUGGUUAUUGAAGCAAUAUCAAGCAAGAAAACAAAGUUUGAAACCAUUAACUAUACUUUAUGGAGAUGACUGGCCGGAUAUGGCAAAAUUUAUAGAUAAAUUUUGUCCUAAUGUCAGUUAUAAACUAAUAAAGAUGAAAGAUCCUUUUGGAGUACAUCAUUCCAAAAUUGGCAUUUAUGUCUAUGAUGAUAAUUCAAUUCGAGUUGUUGUUUCAACAGCUAAUUUGUAUUAUGAAGAUUGGAACCAUUAUAACCAAGGGUUAUGGUUGAGUCCAUCUUGCCCAAGACUUCCGGAUUCCAGUCCUGAUACCGACGGGGAUUCUCCAACGGGAUUCAAAAAGGAAUUAUUGAAUUAUCUGAAAACCUAUAAUGAACCUCUUCUCAAACAAUUUAUCGAAUAUGUUAAACGAGCCGAUUUUGGAUUGGUAAGGGUAUUUUUUGUUUACUCUGCUCCCGGAAAAUAUUAUCCUAAAUCUAACGGCAGUCAUCUACAUCGAGUAGGAAAUCUCUUAUCAAACCACUGCGUCUUACCAGUUAAAACAACUCCAGAAAGUGAAGGUCCGCUUUCCUGGGGAAUAAUUGCACAAGCUUCAAGCAUCGGCUCCAUGGGUAAAUCACCUGCCGAGUGGCUGAGAGGGUCUGUACUUAGAGCUCUGGCCAGCCACACAAAGAGUCCCAUGCCGAUGAAUUCUAAUUGUACGCUAAGCAUUAUAUAUCCCUCCGUGGACAAUGUAAUGACGGGAUAUUUUGGACACGAGAGUGGAGGAUGUUUGCCUUAUUCCAAAGCUACGAAUGAAAAACAGCGCUGGCUGCAGAAAUAUUUACAUCAGUGGAAGGCAGAAUCUUUUGGGCGAACCCGUGCUAUGCCUCACAUCAAAUCCUACUGUCGUGUGUCUCCCUGCUUGAGUAAACUGGCAUACUAUCUAAUCACCAGUGCUAAUCUGUCAAAAUCUGCCUGGGGCGGCCCGUUUGCCAAGGAUAAUGGGGUAUAUAUAAGGUCGUACGAAGCUGGUGUUCUAUUUCUUCCAAAAUUUUUUGAUGAGGAAUAUUUCGAGAUAAAGAAUUCUUCAGACAGAAAGAAUAAAAGUGUUUUUCCUUUCAUGUAUGAUUUACCGUUGAUUCCAUAUAAAAGUGAUGACUAUCCUUGGUGUAACUGAAUGAUUUGAUUGUAUAUUAUAUUUUAAUUUAUUACACAUUUUGCAUUUGUUAGUAAAAUAAAUAUUUUUUUACUUUCUG